AUGCGAUGUGUGCAAUUAUGCCGGCCUCGCUGCACGCAAAGUACUACCAGAUUGGCGAUGACGUCGAAUCAAGAACCGUUCAACAAAGAAGCUUUGGCCUAUGAAAUGUCCGCGGUACUAGUCGGAAGCAUUGGCAUCGGCCUUGCGUCAUGCGACAACCUAGCACACUACGCUUGA